UGGAGUGAGGGAGGCAGGAGACGGGCCACUGUGGAGCAUUGCCCCUGCAUCCUGUGCGACAUUCCUCCUGCAACCUGCAGGCAUGCUCACGUGGCUUCCCUCUGCAGGUGCACGUUCCGGUUCCCCAGCACCAACAUCAAGAUCACGUUCACCGCCUUGGCCAGCGAGCGCAGGGAGAAGCCAGAAGCGCCUGCAUCCCCUGUGAAGCCAGUGCAGCCGCAGAUCUCGCCGCUGACCAUCAACAUUCCAGACUCCAUGGCCCACCUCAUCAGCCCCCUGCCUUCCCCCACGGGCACCAUCAGCGCUGCAAACUCCUGCCCAUCCAGCCCUCGUGGGGCAGGGUCUUCAGGGUACAAGGUGGGCCGUGUGAUACCAUCUGACCUCAGUUUAAUGGCUGACAACGCACAGCCAGAAAACGAGAAGGAAGCCUCAGGCGGAGACAGCCCAAAGGGUGACUCAAAGCCGCCUUACUCCUAUGCACAGUUAAUAGUCCAGGCGAUUACACUGGCUCCUGACAAGCAGCUCACGCUCAACGGCAUUUACACCCACAUCACGAAAAACUACCCCUACUACAGGACAGCGGACAAGGGCUGGCAGAAUUCCAUUCGCCACAAUCUCUCUCUGAAUCGUUAUUUCAUCAAAGUCCCGCGCUCCCAGGAAGAACCAGGCAAAGGCUCCUUCUGGAGGAUAGACCCCGCCUCGGAGAGCAAACUGAUAGAGCAGGCUUUCAGGAAGAGGCGCCCUCGGGGCGUGCCGUGCUUCAGAACCCCUCUGGGGCCGCUCUCUUCUAGAAGUGCCCCGGCCUCUCCCAACCAUGCGGGAGUGCUGUCGGCUCACUCUAGCGGUGCCCAGACCCCCGAGAGCCUGUCCCGGGAAGGAUCCCCGGCCCCCUUGGAACCUGAAGCUGGAGCCGCCCAGCCCAAGCUCGCUGUCAUCCAAGAGGCACGGUUCGCCCAGAGUGCACCAGGCUCCCCUUUGUCUAGUCAGCCUGUUCUGAUCACUGUGCAGAGGCAGCUGCCACCAACGAUUAAACCUGUCACCUACACGGUGGCUACCCCUGUGACUACAGCGACCCCCCAGCAGCCUGUUGUGCAGACGGUCCACGUGGUUCACCAGAUUGCUGCAGGGGCAGUCACCGGUAUGACCGGGUUAGCACCAGCAAACACUUAUGCAGUGGCCGGCCCCACCGUGGUCACCCAGGCAGCCGUGGUGACCCCUCCCAAGCUGGAGCCGCAGGAGAAUGGAGACCACAGGGAAGUACAAGUGAAAGUGGAGCCUCUCCCUGCCAUUGGCCACCCCCCAAUGGGCACUGCUGGCCGGGUCAUCCAGACGUCGCCCCCCACCCCUGUCCAGACGGUGACCAUCGUACAGCAGGCCCCGCUAGGCCAACACCAGCUCCCAAUCAAAACCGUCACUCAGAACGGGACUCACGUGGUACCAGUCGCCACUGCCGCCCACGGACAGGUGAACAGCGCCGCCGCCAGCCCCUUACACAUGUUGGCCACCCACGCGUCGGCAUCCGCCUCCCUGCCCACAAAGCGCCAAAACGGCGAGUCACCAGAGCAGCCCGAGCUGAAGCGGAUCAAGACGGAGGCUGGGGAGAGCAUCGUCAUUGCCGUGAGCGUGGAUGCGCCGCCUGCAGCUGCCCGGGAGAAGGGCGUCCAGAACUAGGCACGCUCCUUCACCACUCGCCACUGUGGUGCCAGAGGGAGGCGUGGCACCAUCCCCACGCAGCGUAAAGGGCCCUGCGGUUAGACUUCACCUCUCAGCACUGAAAACGCAAACCCAGGCGGCCUUAAGACUCUUUGUUAAAACAGAGACUACACUUGAAAAAAAAAAAAAAAAAGCCACACACAGCAAAACCUUGAUCCAGAGGCCAUGGUCUCCUUCCCUGCCGAGCCUUGCUGGUCACCCUGCUCAGCCUGUCAGGCCUCACUCCAGAACGAUGGGACCUUCCGUGUUCCUGAAAUGGGACAGAGGCGGGGCUGCCCACCCGCUACCCCACGAGAGCCACCUUGGUGGGCACUGGCUGACAGUAUUUUGUGGAAUUAGAACCUUUUGAGUGGAACUUUCUUUCUUUACAAAACAACGGGGUCAUUGGCAUUUCAAAUCACUCCAUUGCUACUCUGGAAAUUUUUGAAUCCACCCCCCACCUCCCCCCAACUUUUCACGUGACCCUCGGGGAGAAGAAAGCACGGCUUCCGUUGUGUGCGCUCAGCCUGUGGGUUGAUGUCCUCCUGUCUGUCCUGUCAGAGCUCAGGGGACACGACGCUGCAGAUGGUCCGUGUCAGAGCUGCUGCCUGGGGCACCGCCCCUCCUGGGCUGCAUGUGAGGAGGAGCCGAGGGCAGGGUCCCGAGCCGCCGCACUUAGCUGUUUCUUUCUUGCUACUUCUGUCGUCGUUUCUGUGUUGACUUUGCCCCUGCCGUACUUCUCUACGCUGAGUCAAACGGAUCUGAAGAGUAUUGUAUUAUGUUUCCAACCACAGAACUGCUACCGUUCCAUUUGGAAAAAAGAUUGAAUCUUUUGUCACAUGCCCUUUCAAACAAGAUCAAAGAUCUCUUUAAUGACGCCGUCGACAUUGUAAGUGUCACCGCCUCGCUCCAGAGCCAUCGGACACCUUGCCCCUGUUCCCUGUGGCUGGGGACAGCUGUGCAGCGUGUGGAGCCGUGGCGGCAGGUCUCGGGCUCACAGCUGGAAGCCCUGCUCUGUCGAGCGGCACUGGCCCAGCCCCGAGGCCGACUUGAAGACAAGCGCUGGGAGGGCAGCAGGGUGAAGGGGAGACGCGCAGGCCUGUCCUGUCCUGAGCUCAGCUCGCGCCCAGGACAAGUCUCUCACUCCCAGAGGGUACCGGGCAGGCGGAGCAGCUGUGCACUCAGAGGGCUUUGGCCUUUUUUAGUGUCAUCAUCAUAACAUUAUUUAUUUAAAUGUAGUUAUUUUGGUAUUUAAUUUUUUUUUAAGAGAGUGGAAAAAAAAAACAGACCCUGUAUUUUCCUGAUGGAAUGAAACAGCUCAAAAUGGUAUAUUUAGGUGAUUUAAGAACAUUUAUUGAUUUACCUAAAGACCAAAUAUGAUAAA